GAGGAAGUACAAAAUUAUUUAGGAAUUCUUCGAUCAAUGGAAAAAAGUUUAGAAAAUCAAAAAGAACUUUUUGAAAAAUUUUCAACAAUUUCUAGAGAAUUAAUUAAUAGAUUUGAAAAAGGAAAGAAUUUGGGGGCUUCUCAAAAUAUUAGUGAUAAAUUAAAUGAAUUAAAUAAUAAACGUGAUGGAAUUUUAAAUAAAUUAGAGGAAAAUUCAGAAAUGCUAAUCCAGUCAGGGAAAGUAAAAUUACAAACAAGUGAACUUCCAAUUCCGUCAAUAGACGAUGAAGAACAGCCAAGAAGGAAAAUAACAUUAGAAACAAUAUAUUCUGUGGAUGAAAGUCGUCGAGGUUCAGAAUCCCCUCAAUCAGCUGCGAAGAAAAGAAAAUUACUUCAAUUACCGCCGGCAGAACAUUUAACUAUUGAGGAAACGGAAGAAGGGCCUGUGAAAAAGGAAUUUAGAUUUGAAGAAGAAGAAAUUAAAGAAUUAAAAGAAGGUGAUUAUGAAAAUAAUUUUAAAUAA